AUGGAAUCAUCGGAUAUCUUCAUAGCUGCUCAGAAACUGCAGAAUUUGACGAUUCGAAGAGCUCGGGAACUACAACCUAGUCUUGACCUAUCGUUGUAUGACAAAAAGUUCAAGCUCCAUCCUACCACACCACCUCAAACCAAAGUACCAAAAACUCCAAAAACUCCUAAAGUCGAUCUGGAAACAGAUUCCGAUGAAAAAGAUACCCCUCCUCCUGAGAAGAAGAAAUUUCGAUCGCAAAAGAAAAUGCGACCGAUAUCAACGGGAAUGAACGCCGAACAUGUUGCCUUACCAGGGCGUCCAGGCCGUAAAAGCAUGGACGAGCUGAUGCUACGGUUUCGACAAAAACUUAUGCUUUUCUGGGAUCUCAUUUAUAAUCACAAGGAAGGGAUGUAUUGGCCCGCCGGUGCCUUUAUGGAGUUGCCGUCAGUUAGAGAAUAUCCCGACUACUACGAAGUGAUCAAACAUCCGAUUGAUCUGAAGACGAUUAGGGAGAAAAUCGAGAACAAUAAGUACGAGUCAUCAGUUCAGCUGAUGCAGGAGCUAACCACACUUUUCAACAAUGCUCGACAGUACAAUGAGGCGAACUCUCAAAUUGCACGAGAUGCGUCUAUGUUGCAUGAUAUGGUGAGCAAAGCCCACUCACACGAUAAGGAAGCUCCCUACGAAAGUCCCCUUCAACAGAAGCAAAAGUUUGGUUGGCUGAAGACGAAAUUGCGGAAGCCUGUAAAAGGCGCCAAGCCUUCAAAAGGGUUGAUUAACGGCACUGGCGUCUCCGACGAUGAUGAUCCAAGUUCUUCCGUUAGGAACACCGUGCCUACUCCACCUCAUCCCUCAAAAGGGAAAACACCAAAAGUAGACAGGAAAUUUGAGGACAUGAUUGCGAGGAACACCGUGCUUACUCCACCUCAUCCCUCAAAAGGGAAAACACCAAAAGUAGACAGGAAAUUUGAGGACAUGAUUGCGAGACUUCCUCCUCAUCAACAACAAAUGUGGAGGCUGUACACUAUGGUCCGUGAUGCCACUGAUACCGAUGGCAGAAAACUUGCUGGUGCUUUCAUCAAACUACCUACUAAAGAGGAGUAUCCUGAUUACUACGAAGUGAUCAAAAAGCCAAUGGAUCUACAACGCAUCCAACAGCGAUUGCAAGCUCACGGUUAUGGAAGAUGGGUGGACAUUGUUGCCGACAUGUCGCUUAUGCUUGAAAACGCAUGUAAAUACAAUGAACCCGAAAGUGCUAUCUACAAGGAUGCUGUUGCUCUACAACGGUUGGUACUGGAGAAGAAACGUGAACUAGGUGCCGCUGAAGACUGUAUACCUAGG